GAAUAUCUAACGAUCGAAUUCCUGAAAAAGUAUAUUCACAUCGCCCGUCAACUGCGCCCUCAGUUGAGCAAAGAAGCUGCCACUAUUAUCUCCGAAAAGUACUGCGAUUUGAGAAUGCAACAAGAUUCCGAGAAUUCAACCAUGCGUCGCACCCAACCAGUCACAGCUCGUACCCUCGAGACGCUUAUUCGUUUAGCCACAGCCAACGCCAAGGCUCGUAUGUCAAAGACCGUAACCAAGAAAGACGCUGAGGCGGCUGUAGAGCUAAUUUCAUUCGUUCUCUUCAAGGAGGUGCUUGAAAAGACCACACGAAAGCGUCGACGCGAAACUGAUGAAGAAGGCAGUGGUGGAUCCGGAGUUGACUCCGAACCUGAUACUGAUGGUGGCGAAGCUAGAAAGUCUACUCGUAGAGGCCACAAAAGACCAGCAAAAGAAGUCCAGGAUUCUGCGGGUUUCGAACCCACACAGGCUACUGGUGCAGCUGCUGAACCAAUGGAGGAAGGGGAGGAAGCGGGUCAAUCUACUAAUGCUUCACAACUAUCAGACGCUCGACUUAAUAUCUUUUCAACCCUCGUCUCCAGAGCAUUUCAGGAGCGUAGAAUUGAGCAACUCUCUAUUGCGGAGCUCGUGGCAUUCGUCACUGAACAGACGAGGGAAUUCAGUCGUGCCGAAAUCCUGGCUGGUCUGGAGACACUACACAAUCGCAAUCGCAUCAUGCUCACCAACGAUGAUGUUUGGUUGAUUUAA